UUCAUUUGUUUCUCUUCUACAUCAGCAUUAAUUCCAAUGAAGAAGCAGGGAUCCAUAGACAUAGACAGAUAUACAUAGUUAUUUAUAUAUGUGUAUAUAUAGUAUAGACAUAGAGAGAUCAAAUAUAGCUGAGUAGAAAUUAUAUAUAUACAACUCAUAUGGGUAAGUUUGUAGAAUUAUUAGAUGUUGGGGUAAGAAUAGCUGCAAGAUUUCACUCCCACUGUCCUCAAACUGGACGGAUGUACUAUCAUCCUCCUUCUGGUACCCCUGAUAAUGAUGAAGACCAUGAAUACCACCACCACCACCAUCACCACCACCACAGGGCUCCAAAGGCUGCCGCCGGCAAGAGCGGCGACGCCACUACGCAUGUUAGUGUCUCGGAUGCAAAUCUGAAGGCUAACGCCACUUGUGGUGCCAAGACGGCCUCUGUGGGUUACGAAACCACCGAGUUCAUUCUUUUUUCUGUUUCCUGAAAAAAAAAAUCAAGUUAGACAUAUGUAUGAUAUAUAAUACGUGCCAUGGCUUUAUUGUCUUUGUUUGUAAUUAACUGAUAAUUAUUUUGGUUCUUAUUUGUGUG